AUGUCUUCUGUAGCAAUAGCAAUCUAUUUUUUCCUUCUUUUCACUUUCAUAUACACAGUAUUCUUGCAUACAAAACAACGAAAUGUUGGUCAUAAAAAGCCACCGGGUCCGCCAGCACUGCCAAUUAUCGGGAACCUCCACAUGUUGGGUACCCUUCCACAUCGCACCCUUCAGUCCCUAUCCAAAAAGUAUGGUCCCAUCAUGUCCUUGCAACUGGGAAAUGUCCCGGCCAUCGUGGUUUCCUCCUCUGAGGCUGCUGAGUUUUUCCUCAAGACCCACGACACCGUUUUUGCAAGCAGGCCAAAGAUUCAAGCUUCUGAGGUCUUAUCAUACGGCUCCAAGGGCUUCGCGUUUUCUGAAUAUGGUCCAUACUGGCGCAGCAUGAGGAAAUUUUGCACUCUGCAACUUCUUGCCACAUCAAAAGUUGAACUCUUUGCUCCUAUUCGGAGGGAGGAGCUAUGUCUAGUUGUCAAGUCAUUGGAGAAAGAUGCGGCAGUGGGUCAGGUUGUGAACCUUAGCGAGGUUGUAGAGAACCUUGUAGAGGAUAUAGUGUAUAAGAUGAUACUGGGUCGCGGUAGUAAAUAUGAUCAAUUUGACUUGAAGAGGUUUGUUCAAAAAGCAACGACAUUGCUCGGAGCUUUUAAUAUUGCGGAUUAUGUACCUUGGCUUGGCGUAUUCGAUAUUCAGGGAAUAACACGGGACCUCAAGGAAACCAGUAAAGCAAUUGAUGAGGUGCUGGAGAAGGUAAUGGAAGAGCAUGAACAAGCUGCUAAUUAUGUAGACAAAAGGAAUCGUAAAGACUUCGUUGAAAUACUACUCUCAAAGAUGCACCAAACCAUAGAUCACCAGGGCGAACAGAGCCACGACGUCAUUGAUCGAACUAACAUCAAGGCUAUUCUAGUAGAUAUGCUUGUGGGGUCAAUUGACACCUCUGCUACCGUGAUUGAAUGGGCUCUAUCAGAACUUUUGAGGCAUCCAAGGGUGAUGAAGGUCCUUCAAGAUGAGAUAGAGCAUAAAGUUGGAAUUGGGAAAAUGGUGGAAGAGAAGGAUUUGAUGACGUUGAGUUACUUGGAUAUGGUGGUGAAUGAGACCUUAAGACUGUAUCCUGUUGCACCAUUACUGGUCCCUCGGGAAUCCAGAGAGAGCAUUACAAUUGGUGAUUAUCAUAUAAAGAAAAAAUCACGAGUCAUAAUAAAUGCGUGGACCAUAGGGAGGGAUCCGAAGGUGUGGUCAGAUAAUGCUGAAACAUUUUAUCCGGAGAGAUUUAUGAAAAAGAAAGUAGAACAUCAAGGACAAAACUUUCAAUUUGUACCAUUUGGUUCUGGUCGUAGAGGUUGCCCUGGGAUGCAACUUGGUUUGAUUACCGUUAAACUGGUCAUGGCUCAAUUGGUGCAUUGCUUUAAUUGGGAACUUCCAUGUAAUGUUACUCCUGACAACUUAAAUAUGCAGGAGAAAUUUGGGCUCGCAAUACCAAGAGCUCAGCAGUUGCAGGCAAUACCUUCUCAUCGUUGA